AUGGAACAAGCAGAUGCCAGCCUGGCGAAGCUGAGCGACCUGGCAGAGCCUGUUCCCGAAAUUCCGGAUAAGUGGGAGUUGCUUCCGGCAUUUCUGCGGGCGAAGGGUUUUAUCAAGCAGCACAUUGAUUCGUAUAACCAUUUCGUGAAGGUUGAGAUGGGUCAGAUAGUGCGUGCAGAGACUGCGCGUUUAUUACGUUCGGAGGUGGACCCAAAGUUCUUUCUGGAGUUUCUAGACUGUCGUGUCGGUCAGCCUCGGUUAAUGAGUGGUAGUCAGUCUUUGAAAUUGACGCCGAUGCAGUGUCGGCAACGUGACAUGACUUAUUCUGCACCCAUUCUGGUAGAUAUGGAAUACUAUCAGGGUGGGCGAGUAAUUCGUCGAAUGCGAGAGGAGAUUGGUCGUAUGCCGGUGAUGUUGAAGUCAUGUGCGUGUUGGAUGUGGGAAUCGACGGAAGAACAGGUCAUUAAGUUAGGUGAAUGUCCACGUGAUCCUGGAGGUUACUUUGUUGUAAAAGGAAGUGAGAAAGCAAUUUUGAUGCAGGAGCAGAUUAGUAAGAAUCGUAUCAUCAUUGAGAAGGAUUUUAAAAAGUGUUUAUGUGCAACAGUAAGUAGUGUGACGAAUGAGAACAAGUCCCGUACGCAAGUGGUUUGGAAGAAUCAGCGUGCUUAUUUGCGACAUAACUCAUUUGUGGAUGACAUACCGGUAGUGAUAGCGCUUAAGGCUAUGGGUUUCGAGACAGAUCAGGAGAUAUUGCAAAUGAUCGGUACUAGCAAACACCAUGCCGAGUGUAUUCAUCUUUCAAUGCAGGAGUCCAUAGAAUUACGGAUCACGACUCAGCGUCAGGCGCUGCUUUAUUUGGGACGUCGUGUGCGGCAACGUAGUUGGAUUAAAGAGGAGGUCAAGAAAGAUAGCGAGACUUUGAUCGAUGAGGGACUGGACAUGUUGCACCGGGUUAUUCUCUCCCACUUGCCAUCGGAAGGAGAUGAUUUCCGCGCCAAAGGGCGUUAUAUCUGUCUGAUGAUCCGACGUGUCUUUAAUGCUAUUGCCGGUCUCAUUGUCCUAGACGAUAAGGAUUAUUACGGGAACAAGAGAUUGGAGUUAGCGGGGCAAUUGAUGGCGUUGAUGUUUGAGGACAAGUUUCGCACAUGGCGGGACGAGUAUAAGAAGCGAAUUGAUGAGGCUUUGAAACGUCACAUGGCGCGUAAGUCCAGCAGCACCAAGAUGACAGCGUUUGAUGACUACCCAGAUGUAGUACGUGAGAAACCAGGUGACACGAUAACACGAGGUAUGCAACAGGCGUUGAGCACGGGUAACUGGACGAUCAAACGUUUCCGAAUGGAGAAAAGUGGAGUCGCUCAAGUCUUGAGUCGGUUCAGCUAUGUGGCUGCAUUAGGCAUGAUGACCCGUUUGGUUGCGGGCGUGGAAAAGGGUAUGAAGUUGGCUCAGCCGCGAUGGUUACAGCCUUCUCAAUGGGGUAUGUUAUGCCCUUGUGAUACACCAGAGGGAGAGGGUAUUGGUAUUGUCAAAAAUUUGUCGCUCAUGACCCAGGUGACAACGGACGAGAAUGACACGCCACUGAAGAGGAUGGCAUUUAUCCUAGGCGUUGAGGAUGGCAAUUGUCUGACGGGGGAGGAGUUAUAUGACACGGGCACAUAUCUCAUCUUCCUUAACGGAAGUAUGUUAGGUGUUCAUCGAAGGCCGACACAAUUCAUGCUGAACUGGAAACGUCUUAGGCGUUGUGGAAAAAUUGGUGGCUUUGUAUCGAUCUACGUGGACGAGUCACAUCAAGCCAUAUAUAUAGCAUCAGAUGGAGGACGACUGUGUCGACCAUUGAUUAUUGUAGAGGGCCGCGUGCCACGAUUGAAGGCUAAGCAUGUGGUCAUGGUACGGAAUGGGGAACUGAAUUUCUUUGAUUUUCUUCGCAAUGGUGUGUUGGAAUGGAUUGAUGUCAAUGAGGAGAAUAACACGGUUACAGCCCUUAAGGAAAGUGACAUUACGGAGGAGACAACUCAUCUAGAGAUUGACGCCCUAACCAUAAUGGGUGUAGUGUCUGGUCUUGUGCCUUAUCCACAUCAUAAUCAGUCCCCGCGUAAUACUUACCAGUGUGCUAUGGGGAAACAGGCUAUGGGUGUGAUGUCAUAUAACCAGUUCAAUCGUGUGGAUAACGUGCUUUAUUUGUUGGUUUACCCACAACGUCAGUUAUGCAAGAGCAAGACUAUCGAACUGGCUGGGCUGGAUAAGUUACCUGCUGGACACGCGGCAUCUGUUGCCGUCAUGUCCUAUAGUGGCUAUGAUAUCGAAGAUGCUCUUAUUAUGAACCGCGGGGCCAUCGACCGCGGGUUCGGACGAUGUUACGUCAUUAAACGGUACGCUGUAGAACUUAAAAAGUACGGCGGAACGGCCGACCGUGCGCUACCACCGCCACCACCGAAAAUGGUUGGUAGCGGACGCAAUGCGAAGGCGAAGGUCGACUACCGUUAUGAGGUACUCGAGGGCGAUGGGGUAGCCCGCGUUGGCGCAUUGUUAUCACAAGACCAGAUUUAUUGCAACAAGGGCGUACCCGUCCAAACGGACACAGGUGGUGUGACGGGUAAGCAAGUCUUUCAACCGCAGCCCGCCAAGUACAAGACACCAGUUCCAAGUUUCGUGGACCGUGUAAUCUUGACUGAAAAUGCGGAAGACAAUGUACUGUAUAAGUUUAUCUUUAGACAAACGCGACCGCCAGAGUAUGGCGAUAAAUUCAGUUCACGACACGGCCAAAAGGGAGUAGUGGGCUGCAUCGUACCACCAGAAGACUUCCCAUUUGCUGAAUCUGGCUGGUCACCUGACAUGAUUAUGAAUCCGCACGGUUUCCCCUCGCGCAUGACCGUCGGUAAAAUGAUCGAAUUGAUUGCCGGUAAGUCUUCUCUCUUCGAUGGGAAAUUGAAAUAUGGUACAGCCUUUGGUGGAACCAAAGUCAAGGACAUUGCUCAAGUCCUCUGUGGCGCCGGCUUCCAUUACAGCGGCAAGGACUACCUGACAUCCGGCAUCACUGGCGAAGCUCUUCAGACCUAUGUAUUUAAUGGACCUAUCUUCUACCAGAAGUUAAAGCAUAUGGUACAAGACAAAAUUCAUGCACGAGGUAUUGGUCCCAGACAACUUAUGACCAGACAACCCACCGAAGGUAGAGCCAAAAUGGGCGGCCUUCGUCUAGGUGAAAUGGAACGCGAUUGUCUAGUCGCUUAUGGCGGCUCCAACAUGAUUCUAGAACGACUCAUGCUCUCAUCAGACGCAUUCAAAACAGAUGUCUGUUCCCGAUGCGGACUACUCGGCUAUAACAACUACUGCCCGUACUGUAAAACCAGCGAUGAUGUCGCCUCGAUCACUCUACCCUACGCAUGCAAACUCCUCUUCCAAGAAUUACAAGCCAUGAAUGUCACACCAAAACUGAAGCUCUCAGAAAUACAAUAG